AUGACAGUCAGCUCUCUCUUCGAUGUUCUGAUUAUCGGAGCCGGCCCUGCCGGCCUUUCGGCGGCCCUGUCUCUGGCACGCGUGCUGCGAAGCGCCGCCGUCUUCGACUCCGGGUCUUUCAGAAACGCCAUGAGCUCCAACGCCCAUACGAUUCCCACACGCGACCACGGGGAUCCGGCCAAGCUUCGCAAGAUGAUGAAGGAUGAAUUGACUUCGAAAUACAAAACGAUUACAUUUGCUGAUAGCGCGGCUCGGUCCGUCGAAGAGGUGGAUGGCGGCUACCAGGUCACUAAUGACAAAAUGCGCAAGUGGAACGGGCGCAAGCUUAUCACCGCCACGGGCGUGUUUGAUGUAAUGCCGGACAUUGAAGGGUUCGCUGAUGCUUGGGGAAAGGGAGUGUUCCACUGCCUCUACUGUCGAAGAUUCGAAGAAGCCCCUACAGCAAACGCCGCCUUCCUCAUCAACAAAGGCGACCAGCCCGACGAAAUCGACGCCACAGUGUCCUACGGACAACUCGCCCAUCAAUUCACGCAAGACAUCUGCAUCCUCUUCAACGGCCACGAACAUCUUCUCCAAGACAACAGGAUCAAGGCAGCGCUAGAUCACGGAGUGAAAGCCAACACAAAACCGAUCAAGCGAAUAGAACGGCUUGGUUCGGGCGCGUCUACAAAAGUCGUCUUCGAAGACGGCAGCGAGGAGACGUUCGGGUUUCUCUUCCACAAGCCGCCGACAGUGUUGGCUGGAGGAUUUCACAAGACGCUGGGUUUGAGACUUACGGCCUACGGCGAUAUCGAGGUAGAUCGCGCUUUUCAGAAUACUUCCCGGCCUGGUGUGUUCGCUUGUGGGGACUGCACCACUCCCUUCAAGCAGGUCGCUAUUGCAAUGGCGGAUGGUAUCCGAGCGGGAUUUGGGGCGAAUAAGGAGAUCCUUGAAGAGGAUUAUCACCGUAGCUGGUGGUGAGGAGAUUUGGC